AUGGCGGCUGUCCGCAAGCCGGUACUGCUCGGGCUUCGCGACGCGGCAGUGCACUGCAGCCCCCCCGGGCCGGGCGCCUGGACGGCAAACAAGUUGGGCGGCGUUCCGGAUGCUCUGCCUACCGUGGCAGCGCCGAGGCCGGCGUGUGAGCGCUGCGGGCAGCUUCUCACGCUGGUCGUGCAGGUGUACUGCCCUCUGGAAGGAUCUCCGUUUCACCGGCUGCUGCACGUGUUCGCUUGCGCCUGCCCCAGCUGCAGUCACGGCGGGGCGCGCAGCUGGAAGGUGUUCCGCUCCCAGUGUCUGCAAGUGCGAGAGCAAGAGGCGCAGUCGGACGCUCAGAAACAGGAAAAUGGCCUUGCAGCUGAGGACUGGUGUGAAGGUGCGGAUGACUGGGGAAGCGAUAUUGAGGAGGCCUCUUCACCACAGCUUACUUUGGAUUUUGGAAAUGACUCCAGUAACGCCCAAGAUACAGAUUGGACUGCCCAGCUCCAAGACCUCCGCCUGCAGGAUGCUGUCCUGGAGGCUGCUCACCCUGCACCUCCAGGAGAACGGGUGGCCUUGCCCACUGGGGGACUGCAGUUCCUGCCCUACUAUAUCUGUGUUGUAGAUGAGGAUGAUUACAGGUACUCGGUCAGUCUGGAUCAUGCACACAGCCUUCUGAGGGACUAUCAACAGAGAGAAGGAAUUGCUGUGCAUCAGUUGCUUUCCCAAAGUCUUUCCAGUGAUGGUAAUGAAAAAUAUGAGAAGACCAUAAUUAAAAGUGGAGAUCAGAUGUUUUACAAAUUCAUGAAGAGAAUUGCUUCUUGUCAGGAGCAGAUUUUGAGGUAUUCUUGGAGUGGAGAGCCACUCUUUUUGACCUGUCCUACAUCAGAAGUCACUGAACUCCCACCCUGCUGCCACUGUGGAGGCCAGAGGAUAUUUGAGUUUCAACUUAUGCCUGCGUUGGUUGGCAUGCUCAGUAGUGCCAAUUUAGGUCUUUCUGUGGAAUUUGGAACAAUUCUAGUUUAUACAUGUGAGAAGAGUUGCUGGCCUCAAAACCAUCAAACUCCCAUGGAAGAAUUUUGUAUUAUACAAGAAGAUCCAGAUGAACUGUUAUUUAAGUAGAGCAUUUCCUUUUACUUACAUAAAUUAAAACAAAUUUUAAUGUCCAU